CCGGAAUGUUGGUGCGUAUGAUAAUCAGUGAUAUCUCGAAAAUCUCGACAACCAUUGUUUUAAAUCACGUCUUGUUCCGGUCACAAUUGUUAAUCGCUCAACCAGCCAAUCCCAUCACCACGCUGGCCUUACAAUAUUUUUUAUUCGCAGAUGAGACGCCAACUUCAUCUCGAUGCAUUUUCUAGUGCACUUUUGGAAAGAAAUGAGAAUUAUGAAGGAAACCAGUUUGAAAUAGUCCGAAUGAUUUUUGAAUUAAAUAAUGAAAAUACAAUUAAUUGGAUAAAUAAAAUAUCAAAACGUGCCGGGGAAAUGAAGAGAAUAAAAGAGCAAUUGAAUAUAGACAACCCGGAACUAAAAGAAAAUUUUUAUUUGAAUCCAGAAGGGUUCCAACCAAUUGAAAUAUUUGAAAGAAGCCUCGAUCAGAAUUUUAUAAAAUUUUUGGAAAUAAAAAAAGACGAGGAAAUAAUUAAAAAAGGAAUGGAAAUAUUAAUUAAAAUUAUAAAUAAAUGGAAGUCUAAAAAUGGAUUUAAAGACGACUUUAAAAUUACGGGCAUUUACGAGUUUGGUAUUUGGUUAAUUGAAGAUGUUGAAAUUAAUAUUGUAUUUGAUGACCAUUUAGUUGAAAAAUAUUUUGGUUCUGAAAGGUCUAUUUGUGAACCUUUAAUUUCGAAAAAUUGUAAAGACAAUUCCCUCUAUUGUUUUUUGUGUAGAGAAGGAUUUGUGGGGUUUGAGGUUCGAAAUGUUUUUAAUGUUUAUAUUGUACUGUUCGAGAUCAAUUUUUGUUCAAGAUCUCGUGUUUUUCGUGUCUCCAUUAGUAAUAAUCAUGGUAUUCAUCCGACCCUUCUUUUCAAAGUUCAAGUUCCAAAUCUGGGUAUUUUCACAAUCUCUGGAACAAUUCCGAAUCCUGGGAAAUUUGGGAAAAAGAGAACAUAA